GUUAGGUAGGCAAACCGAAGAAGCGACAAAAGAAGAGUCGUCUGUAGUAACGAACGACAAUGAUCGUAAAUAUGGUUAUCUAGAAAAAUUAAGUCAAUUUGUAAGGCUUCAUGAACGACGAUUCUUUGUAUUUACUCAGGAAGGUUUCUUGAAAUACUAUAAAGACGAGAAAGAUGAUACGGAGCCUAAAGAAAUUAAGAUCGCUCGUGAAGUUCAAAUAAGAACUAUUGAUGACAGAAGUUUUGCUUUCGAAAUUGAAACCAAAACAAGGACCUAUAAACUUAUUGCUUCGACGGAGAAAGAGCGAGACGAAUGGGUCUCCAUUCUCAAUGAAUACAGGAAUUCCCUUCCUGAAUCUGAAGAAAAAUAA